GGGGCGGGGCGGUUGCGGCGUCGGCGGCGGCGGCCGGGGAGGGUCAGUUGGAGGCAGGCGCUGGCUGAGGCAGGAGGAGGGCUCCCGGCCCGCGGCCUGACAGGGACUUCUGCCCGCAGAGACCGGCCCGCGCGCGCGACCCCACACCCGCCCGCUCAUCCAAUCCUACCCACUCCCUGCGCGGUCUCCUCCCACCCUGAGCAGAGCCGCCGAGGAUGAUAAACACCCAGGACAGUAGUAUUUUGCCUUUGAGUAACUGUCCCCAGCUGCAGUGCUGCAGGCACAUUGUUCCAGGGCCUCUGUGGUGCUCCUGAUGCCCCUCACCCACUGUCGAAGAUCCCCGGUGGGCGAGGGGGCGGCAGGGAUCCUUCUCUCUCAGCUCUAAUAUAUAAGGACGAGAAGCUCACUGUGACCCAGGACCUCCCUGUGAACGAUGGAAAACCUCACAUUGUCCACUUCCAAUAUGAGGUCACCGAGGUGAAGGUCUCUUCCUGGGAUGCAGUCCUGUCCAGCCAGAGCCUGUUUGUAGAAAUCCCAGAUGGAUUAUUAGCUGAUGGGAGCAAAGAAGGAUUAUCAGCACUGCUAGAAUUUGCUGAAGACAAGAUGAAAGUGAACUACGUCUUCAUCUGCUUCAGCAAGGGCCGGGAAGACAGAGCUCCACUCCUGAAGACCUUCAGCUUCUUGGGCUUUGAGAUUGUGCGUCCAGGUCACCCCUGUGUUCCCUCUCGGCCAGAUGUGAUGUUCAUGGUUUACCCCCUGGACCAGAACUUGUCCGAUGAGGACUAAUGGUCAUAGAGGACACUUUGCCCGAGAGCCGCAGGGGGCGAGGGGAGUCAGGCAGCCUUGGGACAGAAGAGAGGGCUUCUUGCUGUCUAGGGAAGGACACUGAGGGGCUCAGGUUGAGGGUUGCCCAUUGUGUUCUUGGAGUUGACUCGUUGAAAUUGUUUUCCAUAAAGAACAGUAUAAACAUAUUAUUCACAUGUAAUCACCAAUAGUAAAUGAAGAUGUUUAUGAACUGGCAUUAGAAGCUCUUUAAACUGCGCUGUGGUGUACUCCGUCUAGCCUAGGGGAGGACAUGACCUGGGGGGAGGGCCAUCUGGGUCAGGGCAGGCCUGGAGUGCUGGUGGGCAGCCUUGUCGGGCUCAGGCUUCCCUGCUGUUGGGCUUUCUUUUUUGGUUUUUAAGACUUAGGUAUUUUCUGUUUUUGCUUCCUGUCACCCAGGGCUCCUGAGUAGGCUUUUCUGUUGUUGGGCAGUGUCCUUGAGUUGUUUUUUUGACACUCCACCUGGGCUUCUCUGUGCGUUUUGUGUCUGGCCUGGCGUAAGCAGGUCUACCUGCCUUCUUACAGCUUAGUGUUGUUCUGCCAUUUGGUUAAGGUGGCUUAAUCUGUUUAGUGUUAUCAGUGCAUUUUAAAUAGGGGCAUUGAAGUUCACUCCCACCAGAACUUUUGGGGGUACCUGGGCCUUAAGCAACUCUAGCCAAACUACAUCUCGAAUCACCACCUGGAGUUCUUACCUCUAUGGUCCAGGCCUCAAGGUCUCCUUCCUAGUGUCAAGAGAAGAGAAGAAAAGCAACUCAGGGCCUGGGAUUUGUGGGGGAAUCUGGUUUUAGGACUGAAUGCCUGAAUGCUGGCCAAGCACAGUGCCUCCCCCAACAGGUUCUGAGCAUUACUGGUUCUGCAGGGCCUAAGGACAGGGCUGGGUGGUAGACGUGGCCUGCCCUUUUUCUGUUUUCAUUGAACAGCUUGUUCUAAGGGAAGAGACAGGAAGAUCUAGAUUAUAUGAGGGGGUGUCAGGGAGGCAAGUGUGUUGUGUUACUGUGUCAAUAAACUGAUUUAAAGUUGUG